GGACUCUUUUCUCGAAAUCAAAUGAUGCUCACUCAGCUGAGACGGGUGUGCGCCUCUCCCCGCCAUAGAAUCAACGUCAGCUCGAUAGGACUUCGGUGGCAGUCGACUGCAGUCAAUGAGGGACCUCCUGUCACUGAAACCAACCGUACGGAGGCGACAUUGAAACGAUUCUGGAAGACAGUCUCGGUCGGGCAACGGGACGACGCAUAUGCUGUGCUGCUCGACAAGCGUGCACUUAAAACACCCUCGGGCAAUACUCUACUACUCCCACCGAACAAGUCACUCGUGGCUGCACUAAUAGCGACGGAAUGGGACAACCAGGAUCUUGUGUUGAAGCAUCAUGCGCUACCAAUGACCUCAUUGGCCUCAAGAGCCAUCGACGCCAUGAAAGAUGAGCAGACGCGCAGUGACGUUCGGACAGCACUGUUGGAUUAUCUAGACACGGACACCAUCUGGCAAGCACAUUCACGGGAACCUUUCAUGCUCCUCAUUCUACACGCAGCUUCAAGGAAGACUAUCCCCCACAAUUGGUUGAUCUGCAGGCUGCUCACUGGGAUCCUUUGGUAGACUGGGCGCAAACGACGUUUGGGAUCGAAUUGCAUAGUUUCGAUUCGGUUCUCCUCAGCGCUCAGCCCGACGAGACCAAGUCGAAAUUAGAUGAGGUCCUGGCUACCUUCGACCCCUGGGAAAUGGCAGGCAAGAACGAUCGAGGCGACCUUUGAUGUCCCGUUCUCAACUUUUGCAGCCAUGGAACGGGCAACAUAUGCCACAAAAUCAUUUAUCAUUGCGCUGGGUCUGGUGAAAAGGCAUCUGACAGUCGAACAAGCGUCGCAGGCAGCACAUGUCGAAGUUAACAGUCAGAUCCAACGUUGGGGCGAAGUGGAAGACACUCAUGAUGUGGACUAUCAGGAUGUCAGAAGACAACUGGGAAGUGCGGCGUGCUUACUAGCAUAGAAUGUAUCGUAGCUGACUCCUGGAGUACAUUACUCGACUCCUUUACCGUCCUAUGGUCUCAUAGAUUUGUAAUUGGAGUGCUUAAGCUUGAUGCUUGAUGUUUGAAGAGUGCCAAGAGAUGUGACUUGCUACCAACGGGAU